GGGUUGCCGAGGGCGCCAGGCACAGCAAAGAUGUAACAUGAGCCUGGGGACAGCAGGGUGGAAGUGGUGGGGCAGUUCUGACCAUGGCCAAUGGGUACCAACUUUGGGCACCCUGGUCACCACUGGAUGAGUCCCUGCAAUGGCUGCGGGGUGCUGUGCCCAGACCCUCCAGCACUAAACACCCUUUCCGAGGUGGGCCCAGCCCCGCAACUACUACUGACCUGGAGGAGCAGCUUUGUUUCCAGGGACUCAACUUGGUGCUGGAGCCCAGUGCAAAGUCCGGAGGGAGGACACUGCCAGCCCUUGGAGUAGCGGCGGAGACCAAGGGAUGCAGUGCGGCUCUACACAAACCCCAGGCUGUGAGGCUGACAGGGCUCGACUCUGUCUUUGGCCACCUUGUGACGGCACAGCCUCCCCAGUGGACUGGCUCACUGAGGGUGUCCGAGCGCUCGGCCUUUUGCCAAGUCAUCAGCCCCCAGCAGCGCAGACCCCAUGGUCUCCGGGAACCACAAGUGCGCAUGGCCAUGGCCAUGUGCCGCCAAAUGCUGCGUGCCAUUCUUCUGCUUUACGCCGCCUACAAGAAGUGUGCCUUUGCUCUGCAGCAUUCCCGGUAAAAGUACCUUGUCUGGGAAAAGGUGAGUCAAAUUGAGACCCUUUCCAACCAAAGACAUAACACUUGCACCCAUUCUCCUUCAGAGACAUCAACUCACUGAUCCAUCGAUGUAUGACUCACAUGUCAGUCUGCUUCCUGAAAUAAUAAUUUCUUCUUUACCAUCGCCAAGCUAAAUAUCAUCCAUGAAGAUCAAACAUUUAUUUAUCAGCAUCUGGAGAGUGGCACAAAGCUUCAGCUUAUUUGCAGAGAGAAGAAAUCAUAUUGCCAACUUUAUCAUGUAAAGAAGAGCUUGCAGAUGGGUAUUUAGUUUACCGAUACUGUGCACACAUACCCUUGUAUUGUCUGAUCCAUAAAUGGGAGAAACAGAAUAAUAGAGACAGUUAAAAUCGAGCCUAAUUUCUGACUACAUGGGCCAAAUGAAAGAAAUUUACACACAUCUUAAAAGACAAUCUUCAAAGACAAAAACACUUGCAGAUGGGUAAAAACAUAAUUUUUCCUCCAAAGCUGCCCACUUGAUCUUUUGAACAUGAAGAGUAAGAGUAACUGUACUACUGGAUGAGAUUCAUAUUCUGAGUGGCAUUAUUUUAACAUUGCUGAAGGACUGUACAUUUUGGACACACAAACUGGAUUCUAGCUCUAAGAAUGGGACCAAAUCAAACUAAUAAUUCCUUAAACCAAUAACAAAUAAAAGACCGCAUGCCAAAAUUCAGCCAGCAUGAAGGUUUGAAGAUUGUGAAAUGACUGAAGUUUCAGCUAUCUUGAAUGAAAUAUCAUUUCCUUUUAAUGAGUGGCAAUGCAAGGCCAAAUCUCUCCAUUUGAAAUGCUGAAUAGAAAGCAUUUUUUUUCUGAAUAGAAGACAUUUACCGCUUCUACAAAUUAUUAUUUGUUUACUGCAAUGGAUGACCUCUUAAACAAUGUGAUUAUAUAAAGUCCAGAGUCAAUGAAAUUAAUACCAGCUUUCUUAUGGAAACACCCUGAAAACACAAGACUUCAAGUCCCACAAUGACUUUAUUGAUGCCAGAUAACUAUCAAAAAUUUGAGAAAUGCAAGGUUAAAAGCCCCACUGUUCCCAAAAAUCUCUGUAGUUUUCUGAUGUAUCAAAAGUGCAAGAAUACAAGAUCAGAAGACCCACAAUCUCAGAUUUUUUAUAGAUUCUGGUAAUUAUCAAAAAGCUUGGAAAUGCAAUAUUUAAAGCCACACAGCUUCCAGAUCCCUUAUUCAAACAUUAUCUGAUCACAAAAAGAGAUCUAAGUACUGAAGUCUAAACCAGAUGACACAGCUCUAACAUCAUAAGAAAUAUCUUUAAAAUUAUUCUCUGUUUUUUUAGGACGAGGGUGGAUGUUUUUAAAUGGAUCUACAGAAAUGCAGCUAGAUGGCAAAAUCGAAUGAAAGUUAUUACUUAAUUAUUAAUUCCUACUUUUGCCUAUUUUUGUUUUAAAGAUCCUGGCUUUACCAGUGGCAAGUAUGGAGUAUGGGUUGGAUCCAGAGCAAUUUAGUUACCCUUCAACACUUGGAUGGGGAUUGUAUGGCCUUCCAAACAUUGUUGAAUGGUAACUUUCAGCCUUCCAACAAUGUGGAGGACCAUAUAAUCCCUACUCUGCUUUAGCCUCAUUGUAAUCACGAGUACCUGACACAUCAGAUUGGUCCAAUGGCAGUAAAGAAAUUUACUGAGUUCAUAUCCAACUCUGUACUAACAAAUUAUGAGUCCAUUCUACCACGUGCUUUACAUUUUCUGUUACUUAUUUUUUAAAGUCGAAUGAAAUAAUCCAUAAUGAGAAGCAAAAAUAAUAAUAAUCUAAAUUUGCUUCUUUGUGUCUUCCUUGGCUUUAUGUGUAAAGAAAUAUUUUCAUUUCCCAUAUGCUUGCACAGAAAUCUGUCUUUUUGCUAAGAAGCAUCUCAAAUUCAACUAACUUCCGAAGGAAAUGGGCAGAUUUUUUUUCCCAUCUGAAAGGAACAAGAUUCUGAAUUAUGUAUAUGCGUGCUUUAAAUAUAGCUGUAGACACGAUUUUUGUUCUAUAAUAUAACGAAAUUGUUUCUCAGUUAUAUUUUGGCUGAGUGGCUAGGAACUUUCCAGGUCACUGAUGACAUCUAAAAGGACCAUCUCGCUUAAAAACGGCUAUCCAAAAUUGAAGGCACAAGAGACCACCAAUCAGAUUAAUAUGAAUGAUUCUUUCAUCUCUAAUAUGAAUGAUUCUUUGAUUUCUAAAUAGUAGCACGGCAUAUAAAUUAGUUUUGGGGAAUGUUGUUGGACUGCAAUUCCUACCAGUUUUAGCUCACAAAAUCUAUGGUGAGGAAUAGCGGGAUUUGCAGUUCAUCGACCUUUGGGCGUGCUCCAUGUUCCCCAACAAUGAAAAAGAGCAGAAUGUCGCAAGCAUAGCUUGCAAUAAAAACACUGGGUGGCUUUGGAAAUUAAAGGCAUUUAUUUGCCAUUCAUAUUAAAUAUAUAUCUGUUCCAUGUAUUCAUCUUAAUGUUGAAAGAUAAAACAGGACAAGGAAAAAAGGUCACGAAAGCAAGGCAUUUGGCAUGUAGCACUGUAAACAGUUUGGAAAUGGAAAUCAGUGGGCCAUCACUUACUGGAGCAAAAACAAUCCAUUCCUCUUUUGAAUUGCAUUUCUAAAACCAAAAGAUGAAUACUACUGUUUGGGACACAGCAAUAAAUAAAUACAUAAAAAGAUACUCUCAUUGCUUAUAAUAGCUGACUUUCAUUGAACAUGGACUUGUAAGGUUCAAGAGGGAAAUCUCUAUUAGUGGAGACUAAGAACACAGCAAUAAAAGGACUCCAAAUGUAAUUUGGUAAUGAUCACCAAAUAUGCCGGAUGACAUUCAUAUUUACCUACCUGACGGAGAUUCUCAAUAUGAACACAGGUUACUAACACUCAAGUUUGUAUCCUUGGAAGAUGUGUGUUUCCAAAGCUUGGAUUCCUCAAGAAAAAUUGAAUUAGAAAGAAGUGAAGACAAAGGCCAGUCACAACAUUGAUGAAGAUAAAUGACUCCGAUUUAAAAAACAAAACAAAACGUUGAACUGAUUGCUUUGUAUAAAAUUCAGAUCUUCAAACAAGAAUCUUCUUUACAUAUAAAGUGGGAACAGCUGACAGGAGAAAUCUGCAGAGCCAGCCCUAAGUAAAGAAAGCCAUUCCAGCCCUAAAAUAUAGCUGGCAGAAAAGAAGCCUAUAAUUGUGCUCUAUCCAUGUUUGGAUUGUGCCUCACAGUUUGAGCAAAUAAUGUUUUUGUUUUUUAAAAGAAAAAAGAAGAAAAAUCUCAUGUUUUUAGCUAAAUGGAUGAGAUGGGGAAGUAGAUUUUCACCAUGGUAUUUAAAAUAAGAAUUUGACAUGACUAGUUUACAACUGAAGUAUGCAGCUUAGAAAUAACUCUCAACAGCAUUUAAAGGGAAGCUUUUUUGAUGGGUAUGCUUUCCAUUAAAGGAACUAACAUUUUAAAAGUGUUCCUUUACCUUGUACAUCAAAGAAAAUCAUAUGGGUUUAGAUCCUAUUGACAUGAUGCUGUUUGUUUAUGAGGAAUGUCAUACUUGGGGGGGAAAAAUAAAAACCACCCUUAUGGUCA